AUGGACGAGCAUGCGCAGCCUGAGGCUGGCGUGGCCACUACCCAGCCAUACGCUACCACGACCGCAACCACCGACGCGGGGAAUGCUGCCACUCCCCAAAACGCGGUGGACGCCAGCAAGCUGCUGAGCGGCUACGGCCAAUGCAGCAUCGAACCCAAGCAAGUCGAGGAGGUCUUUGUGCGCUCCCAGCUCAACCAAAAAGUGUUCACCUACUUUGCCGAGUGGUGCCGGGACAAUCGCAAGCUCUCCUCGGCCUUCUUCAAGAUCCCUUUGGACGUCGACGUCGGCGGAGCGGCCGAGGGCAAGCCCGAGCGUUGGCAGAUCAAGACCAUCGACACCGGGCGGUUCAUCAACUUCAAGUGGCGAAAGGUGAUCUUUACGGCCAUCCCGGCGCUCCAAUCCGACAAGGAGCUGUUCGGACUCGCCAUCAAAGUCCUCGAAACGACUGCCGUGCCGCUCAUGGCCUUGCUGAGCCGCUACGAGCGUAGCGGACUGUACGCAUCAGUCCUGUCCGUCGACGUACCCUUCGAAGUCAUGCACGCCUUCGUCGUCUCCCAGAAGCGUCAAAACGAAAUCGAAAGCCGACGCGACGCUGGAGAGGAGGGCUACGAGCAGGACAAGGCGGCGCAGAUGACCAGGGAGGAGCACGAACGCAUGCGGACCCUGUGGCGGCGUCAUGGACUCGGGGACGAGCUAUACCGCCGAUUCAUGAUGUAUCUCCUCAACCAGCGCAGCCAAGGAAUGGACAGUGGAGCGGAUGAACCACCGAUGAUCAUGCUGCACUCGCGGCCGGACGACAAGCACAUGGUGGUCUGGUUCCGCGACUACGACUUGCUCGUGCCCCACUUCCACCACAAGAUCAUGACCCUCGGCCAGCCGCCGGAGGUCGAGUGCGCGUUUGUUAACUGGCCGAUCGUCGACCAUUCGCCCGACCAGGAUCGCCCGCAGGUGAUGUGCGAAAAUCCCAAGUGCGACAAGACCGAGGGACCCUCCACCGAUCCCACCAUCAUGCAAACCUACGAGAAGCACCAAGGUCCGAGGGACAAGGAUGAGACUAUGUGGCUCAAGAAGCGCAUGGCCAUCAUCUGGCGGGAGAAGUACCAGCCCGCGGUAGACCGCGAGGUGGCCGAGUUUGCCGCCGCGCAUCCCGAUGCCACCGAAGACGACAAACAAAAGAAACAGGAGGAGCUGAUCGAAAAGUACGAGGUGGACGCGGACAAGGAGCAGGAGGUGCAGCGACGCGAGAUCGUGGCUGAGUCGCGCGCCAAACUCAACAAGUGUGGGCGCUGUAGGGCCGUGGCCUACUGCAGCGUCGCGUGUCAGAAGGACGACUGGGCGCGCCACAAGGCCGUCUGCACCGCCUCCUCCUCCAAGCCCGCCACCACCUGA